AUGGUGUGGGUGAAAAGUGAGGUGAUUCUGUCCAUCUACAUCAUCACCUUCCUGAUUGGCUUGCCUGCCAACAUCCUGGCACUCUACGCCUUCAGCGUCAAGAUCCACAACAAGCCCACUCCCACAGACAUCUUCCUGCUCAACCUGAUUGUGUCCGACCUCCUCUUUCUUCUCUUCCUGCCUCUCAAGAUGUACGAGGCUGCCUCCGGCAUGCAGUGGUACCUGCCCGAGUUCCUAUGCUCCAUAACUUCCUACACCUUCUUCUCCACUAUCUACACCAGUUCUCUCCUGUUGAUGGCUGUCAGUGUGGUCCGGUACCUGGCGGUUGCCUUCCCCAUCACCUACCGCCAACUCCACAAACCUUUCUAUUCUGUGGUGGCCAGCACAAUCAUCUGGCUUCUCACCACUGCCCACUGCAGCAUCGUGUUCAUCAUCCAGCACCACCCGGACCUCUCCCAAAGCAACACCUCCGUCUUCUGCUACGAGAACUUCACCGAACAACAGCUGGCCAUCCUCCUCCCGGUGUGUCUGGAGUUCUUCGUCAUGCUCUGCUUGGUUCCUCUCAUGGUUUGCAUCUUCUGCUACCUCCGCUGUAUCUGGAUCCUGUACAUGCUCCCCAGGAUCAGCCCGGGCCAGAAGCAGAAGGCCAUCGGGAUGGCGCUGGGUACUCUGGCCGUCUUCCUUGUGUGUGUCUUUCCCUACAACUUCUGCCAUAUGCUGGGUUUCUUCACAGGCCGCAGCCCCCCGUGGAGGUACUACACCCUUCUGCUCAGCGCCUUCAACACUUGCCUGGACCCUAUCAUCUUCUACUUCUCCUCCUCCACCUUCCGCAUCACUAUCAAGAUGUCCAUCUGCAAGAUGCUGGGACUGCGACAGGGUCAGGCUGCGAUCCAAAGGGAAAGCACAAUAGCCGAUAUUGGCCAAGAGUAG